AUGGCCUCAGGCCAAGUUUUCGACCCUGUGGUCCUAUUGCGGAUCGCUCCACUCAUCACCUGCUCCGCAACACUAUCGUACUGCUGGGCACAAAAUGUCUUCAUUAGUAUCUUCACCCGGUCAAGGAAUCGGGAGAAGAGCAACACGUUACUUCCAACGUACAUCGAAGACUGGUUCCAUGGUUAUACUGGUCAGCUGAUUGCAUCCUAUACAACGACUAUCUUGACAGCAAGUGCAAACCUUUGCUAUCAUCGUCGGAUCCUUAACGCGCCGGACUCAGCGAAAUGGUAUGCUGCAGGGGCGUUCUUUGGCGCUGCUCACUUUGCGUUCGUACCUGCGGUUGCCUGGAAAUUCACAUCCAUCAUCAACAACGAGACAAAGGGAAACAGCGUCAAGGUUCUCGAUGAGUGGCUCUGGGUGCAUCGUUUUCGAUCCCUCACGGUGGACAUGCUCAGCUGGGGAUGCAUUCUCGUCGGAGUCUUGAAAACCGUGAAAAUUUAG